AUUUGAAAGAUGGAAAGUAAUAGUUACAGUCAAAAGCAAACAAUUUUAUCAGCUAAAGAAGAUGAUUAUAAUCAACAACAACAACAGUAUGCGUCGUACAGUAUGACUGACCAAGACAUUGAUGAUCAAAUUGCUACAAUAAAUAGCUUGACAAUAUCAGAUCAACAUCCAAUGGACACUAUGUUGGACACGAGUGCUUCAACAAAUGCUACCAAGUCAUUCCGUAGUAUAUUUCCUGAUAACACAGCAUUUACUCCUCAGUCUACAGACAGACAUUUGUUCCGUAAUAACUCCUUUUCAAUUCAGCCAGAAUAUAAUAGUCCUUCCUCUUCUAGUAACAAUUUGUUUAUGAGAUAUGCUGAAGAUGGUCAUCAGCAAUUAUCACGUCGUGAGAGUUACCCCAACCUGAGCACGUCAUAUAUGGCAAAUAGCAAUGGCAAUAACUAUCCUGACUGGCAUGGUUAUAUGCAGAACUUGACUACGGCAGAGCACCAACCGUCAGUAGAACAUAACCUAUUCUUGAUGCAACAACAACAACAACAGUUUAUUCAAUCUCAACAAGAAUAUCGUAAAUUUUCUGUUGAUUUGGCAUCCAAAAGGUUAGACAUCAACAGAUUGACGCCAUCUUAUUCAAACCCGGAUCUUUCAUCUGCAAGACGCAUGGGUAGUUUAGAUUCAGGAACAAGAUUAACUAGAAAUAAUAACAGUAAUACGUUUGAUGAUUUCAUGGAUCAUCCAACCGUGCCUAUCAGACAGAACUCUCUAUUCAACAACUACAGCCAGUCUUCUUCUUCCUUUUCCAAUCCUCCUUUAUUAUCUCCUUCCAUUGCCACCACAAUGAAUCCAUUACUUGUAUCCCAUCUCAUGAGACAGAUUCAACCCACUAGCAUAAGCCGUCCUCCUUCACCCACAAGCCGAAAAAAUUCCAUGAACCAACUGAGAAGAACAAGCUCAGCUACUACCAUGAACACCUCUGUCAAUAACAAUAACGAGGGAGAUCGUUUUGCUUCUAUUCGCUUGGAAGAUGUUGUGGAUGAGAUAUACUCCUUGUGUAAAGACCAAUACGGCUGUAGAUUCUUUCAAAAGAAACUAGAAGAGCAAAAACCAGAUCAACGGGAUCUUAUAUUCGUUCAAAUAUAUCCUCACUUUGUGGAGCUUAUGACGGAUCCUUUUGGCAAUUACUUGUGUCAAAAGUUGAUGGAGUACUGCACGGAUGCACAAAGAACGAUGAUUGUUGAGCAGGUUGCUAACGCUGUAAUUACAAUUUCUUUAAAUAUGCACGGAACAAGAGCUGUUCAGAGAAUGAUUGAAUUCUUGACCCUUCCUGAACAGAUUGAAAAGACAAUUGGAGCUCUCUCUCCAAAUGUGGUCACUUUAAUCAAAGAUAUAAAUGGUAAUCAUGUCAUACAGAAAUGUUUACAUCGUCUGUCUAGUACAGAUAAACAAUUCAUUUAUGAUGCUGUAAGUGAAAACUGUAUCGAAGUAGCCACACAUCGCCAUGGCUGUUGUGUGUUACAACGUUGCAUUGACUUUUCUGCCGAAAGUCAAAAGAAACAAUUGGUCAAUGAAAUAAUUCGACAUGCCUUGACUCUGGUACAAGACCCAUAUGGAAAUUACGUUGUGCAAUACGUUCUUGAACUGGGUGAUGCUCACUUUUCGGAUCAAUUAAUCAGACAAUUCAUCGGUCAUAUUGGCGGAUUGUCCGUACAGAAAUAUAGUUCCAACGUCAUGGAAAAGUGCAUCCGUGUUGCAGAAGAAGAUACUCGUCGUCACUUGAUUGAAGAAAUGGUCAACCGUCCUCAAUUAGAGAAACUCUUGAAGGAUUCCUAUGCAAACUAUGUUGUUCAAACUGCCUUGGAUUUUGCCGAAGAGACUCAGCAUCAAAAGCUGGGUGAUUGUAUUCGCCCAUUAUUACCAGCAAUUCGCAACACAUCGUAUUGUAAACGUAUUCAAGGUAAAUUGAAUCGAGGAGAACAGCAAAGACAGCAGCCUAUGCAACAAACCCAACCUCAAUACCAACAACAGCAGCAGCAACAGUUUCAGCUUCAGCAGUUCCAGCAGCAGCAGCAACAGCAACAGGGCUAUAACCAUCAUUUAGGAGGUAGUUUAAUAGGAGGAAAUAACGUUCAUCCUUUAAUGACAAGCGAGGUUGGUUUUUCGCCCACUUCUCCCUUCGUUGGUCAUCAUCCUUUUUCAAACACAUUUUCAAAUCCUUAACUUCGAUCUAUUUUUUUUUUUUUGUAACAUUCCCUCCUUCAUAGGAUUGUAUUUACACUCUUUUUUUUAUAUCUCUAUCAUUUCUCACCAACGCACACACACACGCACACAUACGAAUUAUAUUUGUAGAACUAUAUAAAAUAAUCUCUUUACAUUUUGGCGUCUCUCCUUGAUACAGCUUUUACCACACACACCCCUUCUUUUUUUUUUUGCUUAAUUGAAAUUUAUUUAUAAAAUAAAAAAAAUAAAAAACGUAAACUAAGUUCGACG